AGCUUCCCUUCCUUUUGAGCACCGUCUCUUUCUACAGAAGCCAUCAAACAAGCACUCACAACACUUACACCAUCCUCUUUGAAGUAGCCACAGCGAGAUUAGGUUGGAUGAAGGAGACGUCGAAGACCCGAAGAGGCUUCCGGGAAUGGAGCUUCACCGUGACAACUCUUCUGAGCUGCUUCUCGCUAGUCAUCUUCUUCGCCUUGGGAUCACUUGUCGCCCUUCAUUUCGCCAAGUCCUUGGUCUUUGCAGAUCUCUGCUUUGGUACCUACACUCUGCAGUCCUCCAUGACGGGUUUCGCUCUUGCCAACCCGGUAUACGAGGCCGCGAGAAACGCCGACGCCGGGAGAAGCUUGUGGCACUCGAUGAGCGACGAGGAGCUGCUGCGGCGUGCCUCGGCGGUGCCGCGGGCGGUGGAGAGCCGCAGGAAGGCGAAGGUGGCGUUCAUGUUCCUGACGAGGGGGAGGAUUCCGUUUAGGGUGUUGUGGGAGAGGUUCUUUCGAGGGCAUGAUGGGCUCUUCUCCGUCUACAUCCACGCAUCUCCGGGCUUGGAAGAGGAGCCACCGGAGGAGUCGGUGUUCUACAGGAGAAGAAUACCAAGCAAGCCGGUGGAGUGGGGGCGGCCGAGCAUGGUCGACGCGGAGCGGCGGCUCCUAGCGAACGCGCUCCUCGACGCCUCCAACGAGCGCUUCGUCCUCCUCUCUGAGUCGUGCAUACCACUAUUCGACUUCCCCACCAUCUACAACUACCUCAUCGGCUCCGCCCUCAGCUUCGUCAGCUCCUUCGACGACCCCGGGAAGGCCGGCCGCGGGCGGUACAGCCGGCGCAUGCACCCCACCGUCACCUUGGCGGAGUGGCGGAAGGGGUCGCAGUGGUUCGAGGUGCAGCGGGGGUUGGCCGUGGGGAUCGUGUCGGACCGGCGGUACUACCCGGUGUUCCGGGAGCACUGCCGGCCGCCGUGCUACGUGGACGAGCACUACCUGCCCACGGCGGUGGCCAAGCUCGCCCCGGGGCUCAACGCCAACAGGAGCGUCACUUGGGUGGACUGGUCCCGCGGAGGCUCACAUCCGGCCACCUACAAGCGCAGGGAUGUCUCCCUGGGGUUGAUGGAGAGGAUGCGGAGCGGCUCCAAGUGCGUCUACAACAACAGGACGACUACCUCCUCCUGCUUCCUGUUUGCGAGGAAGUUCGAGGCCACUGCGCUUGGGCGCUUGUUGUUGAUUGCUGAUGUUGCCAAGAGAUGGAAUCGGCAUUGAGGGACGUGGUUUUAUGUUGUUGUGUGUUGCGAAGAUCGAGUUCAUUGUCAUGUUGUUUUUACAUGGUUCGGGUGAUCCUUUUUCUUUCAUUAAGAGUGUAUCAGUAAAGAGUGUCUUCUCCACAA